GUCGUCCCUUCAGUCCGACACAUUCCAAACGAACCGGCAGACGCGUCAUGCCAACGACCGCGAGCGCUCCGGAGGACAUCUGUUGAAACCGACGUGUACGCGCUAUAUUCCGAGCACGACUUUUUUCUCUCCACAGAUAUUCUGUAUCUCAUUCUCUUUCUCUCUGGCUUACUGUUUCUCUCGUCAUUUUAUUAUUAUUAUUAUUUUUUAUUAAUAUUGCCAUUGUUGUUACUAGUAUUAUUUUUUUUUCUCACGCUUUCUGCGCGAGUCACCAUCACGAGACAAAAUCCCGUUGCCACGUAGGCUCUUAUUAUUCUGUUAUUUAUACAAUCGUGAAUAAGUGUUCGAAAAGAGCAUUUUUUCUUGCCCCCAGCACUCGAGUAUUCUACAGCCACCGCUGCCGCCCUAUAGAAUAACAACAAUAAUAAUAAUAAUAAUAAUACAAUUUACGCCACUGCAGCAACUAUUUCGGUAUUGAUACGCCACUGAACGCGACCACUCGGCGACGGCGGCAGUGGCGGUGGGGGCCGGCAGUAAGCCAGUCAGUCAGUCGUAUAUACCGCGGGCCGCGUAACCGUCGUGCUCCGCGACUAGUCUCCCGCGACUUUGUAUAAUAAAAUCGCACGUAAAGCCGCCGCCGCCGCAGUCUUCGGAUCGCUGUCCUACGAUCAUCACAGCGGUCGCGACAUGCUGCUAAACCAAAGAUUGCGGCUGAGCGGCGGCCUGUUGGCGUUGGGUGUCGUGGCGCUGUUCGCGGCACACCCGUCUCCGAUCAGGGGCGGUAGCUCGCACAACCUGGAGAGCCACCAGUACAAGGACUCCAGGAAGUGUCUGUUGCAGCUGACGGCCAGGACAUUGGGUUGCGGCGGCGGCGGCGGCGGCGUCAAGCGAACGGUCGUGACGACCAAACGUCGGCCGGACAAACGCCAACACGGCGGUGGCGCGACCGACAACGAUUUGGACCAGAACAAUAACAAUUUCGAUUACAAUUAUGACGACGACGACGGCGGCGGUGGCGGCGACGGCGGCGAUGGUGCCGAAACCCGGCAGACGUUUUACGAACCGCCGCUGAUCACUGACCCGAGGGACAGGAUGUUGCCCGUCAUCUACAGCCCGAGGCCCAUGUACGCGCCGCCACGCCAUCCUCAGCAACAGUCACAUCAACAGCAGCCGCCGUACAACAGGUACGACGAACAAGGCGUCGGCCCGAUCAACCAGUUCGAGAUGCCCAUCAUCAUCGGUAGUUAUCAAAACGUCGACGUAAAAUUGAAUCAAGAUAUGCUCCCAGAAUGUCCACCCACUGAAGAUGGAUUUGAACGGUUUGCUUGUCCCUCUCCAGAUAAGGAAGGACGGUUCAGGUGCAUAGACGAUCACGUUCUGUGUGACGGAUACAUUGACUGUCCGAAUGGUGACGAUGAAGAUAGAAAGAAUUGUUUCUUCUUCAAAACAACUAAAGCUCAUCUGGACAUACUGGCAGACGCUCUUCUACGAUGGGCAAGAGGACGCUAAUCCAAAAUGUAAUUUAAAAUAAUAUCUUGAUAAAAUGUCCACGAUAAUUUUAAUUCAAAAACCAUAAUUUAAUUCAACAAAAUAAUUCUCCUUCUAUAGGUUUGAUUCAAAAAUAAUUUUUUCCCCCAGAAACUUAUUUAAGUUAUUUAUAAAAAUUGUUCGCAUAACAUGCGCGCAAACAAACGACAAAAAUAAUUUACAGGAAAAAAUGGAGGCCUGGAAUACAAAACGCUUUUUGGCGUACUACUACUGAUGUUACACCGGUAAACAUUUCAAAAGUCUAUUAAAUUAUAUUAACCACGUUUUCCUCUUUUAUGUGCUCAUAACAUUAUAAUUUCAUUUUAAUAUUACCAAGUUCCUACAAUAGUUGUUGUUACCAAGCAUGUGUCAUGUUGAUGUACCUAUUUUCGUACGGGUUGUAUAUUAAUAUAUUGAUUUUUUUUUUAACUCUAUCUGUGGUCACUGGUCAAUCAGAUCUGUGAAUUAGAUCGCAAUAAAUCAUUGUGUGUUUAUUUAAAUCGUGAAUAAUAGAAUUUGUAAAUAAUAUUAAUAUUACUACUACUAUUAAUUAUUAUUACUACUACUAUUUUUAUUAUACUAUUAAUUCUAUUAUAUUUAUUACUAAAUUUUAUUGUUCAACCUAUGCUUCCGCAUGUGUUUUUAUUGUUCCCACGGCCAUUUUUAGAUAAUAAUACACUGAAACAAGUUUUUUUUUUUAAAAAAAAGAUACAAAAUAUUCAUUUUUAUUAAAAUUAUACGAAAGAGUUUAUUAAAAUUAUACACGACUUUUUAUGAAAAAAAAAAACUAACCUACAACGUUUAUUAUUAUCAUUUGUAUUUAUUUACCCAGACAUUGCAUGUGCCUGUUCUACCCGAGUUUGUUUAACCCUAUUUAUCAUAAAUAUCACAUCACCUAAAUCUUAUUUAUUAUACUUUGACGGUACUAUAACUUUGAAUGUAUCUUAAAUAUGGACGAACUAAAAACACAAGGUAUACCUGUAUGUAUUUUUAAUGAACUAUAACAAAUUUAUGAAAAUCCUCAUGAAAUGAUUAGUGCCAAUCCCUGUAGUGUAUGUAUUUGUAUUCAACCUGUUUAAAUAGAAUGAGACAUGCAGAUUGCACAUUUUUACAUCGUGAUGAAAACAACAUCGUAAAGGUAAGUAAUUUAUAAUUUAUUCAAAAAUUGCAUUACAUUUUGAUGUUUUAACAUUCUAGUAUGUGUCGUUAUUUGUUUGUGUGCUCUUGCAAAACGCCAACAAUACCUCGUUUUUCUUUAUGAGAAUUAAAGGUACAUAUUAGACGUUAUAGUACCUGAACUAUAAUUAAACUGUUAAGGCUUUAGAAUAUAUAAUAAUAAUAAUAAUAAUAAUAGUAUCAUAUACAUAACGAAAAUAAUUUUGUGAAAUUAUAAAAGAAGUUUGCGUUGAACUGAUAAUAAAUUUAAAAAUCUCACUAUUUAAAAGCACAUUAUCCAAAUUCUUCAUCUACGAAUUAUAUUUGAUGCACUGGCACGCAUUACAUAUAAUAUACUUAAUUCCAUAAUACUACUUUUACAUUUAAAUUAAUUUUUAUAUUAUACAUUUUUUAUCAUCUCUAUUAUAACAUUUAACGAGAUUAAUAUAUUAACUCUUUACAACAGUAUUUCCUUUGUAUUUGCAAAUCACACUGAGACCAUAGUUUUAUUAUUUUUAUUAUAAUACUAAGUUUAAUACUAACAUACUAUAAUAGUACAUUAGUAUUACAUUUUUUUCUUGUUUAACUAGGUAUGUCAAUUUAAGUUUAAAAAAUAAAUUACUUCAAAAUUAUUGAUUUUUCUAAACCUAAAUAAUUUCAGUAAAACCUGUCUAAUGUGGAAAUGGUUACGACUCGGUAUUUUUUCCAUUCUUUUUUUCUAUUUAAUUCAUAUUAAAAACAAAAAUUACAAUGAUAGAUUUUUAUUAUUUUAUAUUUACAUAUCAUCUAUUAUUACAUUAUAACUAAUUUUUACUAAAAUUAAAAAAAUAAUAUUAAAAUCAAAAAUUAUUAUUAUUAUAUAAUAUUUCAAAAUUGUAUUACAUAGUCUUUCAAAGUUCUUCUAAUGUUUUUUGUUUUGUUGCGUGACUUGUCAUUUUGAAAUUAUACAUAGAUAUCUAGAAUUUUGAAUUUCACAUUUAUUUUUAUACUGCCAUUUAUCUUUUGUUCUUUUAUUUUUUAUUUAUUUAUUUAUUUUUUUUUUUUUGAUUCAGUCUCUACAUUAUAUACCUACAUGACUUUUUUCCACGUUUGAAAAGUUCACAAAUUUGUUUUAUUUGUUACUACAUAAUUUAGUUUAACCAGUGGCGUAUUUAGAGAUUUGAUGACCAGGAGAUAUUAAAUAUCAUUUAUUGCCCCCAAAGCUUAAACAUUGUUAAUACCUUUUUUCUUUUGGCGAUUUCGCGUUAUGAGCAACGAGGUAACCUAACCGCGGUCGGCAAAAGUUAUCAACCCCUCCGACUACUUUCACCAACCGCGGACGGUUACCUCAUUGCUCAUAACGUGAAAUCGCCAAUAAUUUACAAAAAUAUUGAUAUUAAAAAAUUACAGUACAUAAUAUUAUGUUAAAAAUUUAUAUUGAAAUAUUUAAUUAUUUAAAAAUAAAAUCAAAAAAUCAUCUAAAUAAAAGAAAUAUAUAAUUUUAAAUUUUUCGUGAUAUUUUUGGGUAGUAAAAUCUUUAAUGAGUUCAAUAUAACUAAUUGAUUUGGUUAUUAAAUAUUCUUUAUUUGAAAUGGCUAUAUUAUUUGAGCUGCUGGCAUUCAUUGAAGAUCUUAAGUAAUAUUUUACUCUUCUCAAAGCAUUUAAUCACUCAGCUUACUAGAUACCAGACAACACAUUCACAUACGUAAUACAAUAUAUCAACAUUUGAUAUUCUGAUACAGUAAUAUUUGAUGAUUUUCCACAAUUCAAAAAUGGAUUUUGCAAGUGAUAUAUUUUCUAAUAAACAUUUUAAUUAUCAAUAGAAAUGAAUACAUAAAUUUAUAAAUGAUUCGUCGAGAUCUUCAGGAUACUAAUAUUGUAAUCCGAUAGCGACAGGGUUCUCUGAAUUUCGUAUAAAGUUACUUAUGGAAAGUCAUCUUUACUACAACCAUUAUCAUGUUUUAUAAAUAAUUAAGCUUUAUUUCUAAAAUUUAUAUAAUUUAAAGCUAGGCGGUAUGUAUGAAUUACGCACUAAAUUUUACACUACUACUACACUAAAUGAAAAAACAAACGGAUAGCAACAAAAUAAUUUAUAUGAUUGAUAAGUACCUAAUAGAUUUAAUUAGAUGUAGGAAUUGUCAAUUGAUAUAGAUAAUAUUAAUUGACUAACAAUUUUAAAAUUGAUAUUUCCAUACUAUACAGCCAUGCAGGUGCACCAUAAAAUUUCUUAACAUUACACUUAAGAUAGAUUUCAUCUUAUUCAAGAAAUUAUGUAAUUAAAAAUAUUUUAGAGUCGCCAAAAAUGAAUAAUUUUUUCAUAAAAGACAGUAUUCUAUGUUAGUUAGAUUCCAUAUUACACAGGUUUUACUGUAUAAAUAAACUUACUUAUAUUUUAACACUUCAAACAAAAGUAUUAAAGUAUAAAAUAUUUUCUAAAACGAUGUUAUAUACAUAUCACAAUUUAUAUGUAAUUUUUGACCUAAUAUACAUACAUAUUAUAUAUAUAUAUAUAUUUGUAUACAUAAUUAUAUUAUUAUAAAUUUAACACAUUAUAAUCAUAAAUGCUUGUAUUAAUAGAGAGGGUAUUAACGCUUCAGAGUUUAAGGCUUAACGUGACAAAUGCACCUUUUAAAGAUGUAUAAUAUUAAAAUGUACUUAUAUGACUUAACAGACUACAUAGGCCAAAGAUACCAAAUAUUAGCGUGCCUAUUAGGUUACAGACAGUAUUACAGUGUUAUAGAACAAUUAUUGUCAUGAAAUUAAUAUGAAUAAAUUAAAAAAUAAAUUUAUAGGUAUACUAUUAUUUAAUAAGCACUUGUUAUUAAUUUUAUUCUAUCAACAUUUUAUUUUUGAUGAAAUUAAUAGGUGUAUUAGAAUGUUGUGAAACGUAUUUCAGUAUUUGAGUUUAUAUUCUUCUAAUUUUGGAGUGCGUAGUAUUAUACCUAUACCUACAAUAUAUUUAAAUUAUAUCCCAAUUAAGUAGAUAAACUGUCUACUAUACGACGUAAUGACAUGAUACAUGAUUAUUUCGUCGAGGAAAUUGACCCAGCACUUAAUGUAUACUAAACCCUACUUACAUAUUAAUUUUGGUCACUUCUACUUUAUUUAAGCAGUUAAACUCGUAUUCCUCUCCAAAAAUGUCCAAUCACUGAUCUAUACACUAAAUCGGGUUAGUGUAUUUAAAUAAUUCGCAUUUAUAUACUAGUAUACAACAGCAUGAAACUCCGAAAAUCAGACGCUGAAAGUUAAAAUAUAGCGACGGUCUUUUCUAAUACUACUAUUAUUGUUAAUAAUAUUAUAUUAUUUUAUAGUAUUGCAUAUCACAUAUCAAUAAAAGAAACCAAAGCUCUGGAAUUACACAUACAUGGUAUGAGAAAAUAUUUUAUACUCAGAUCGAUUUUGAUUGUUGGCUGACAAUAAAUUCGGAUUUAUUUUAGGAAACCCUUUUUAAUCAAAAAUUCAUCAGGAGCAUAUAAUCGAAAACGGAUAGUAAACAUUAUUAUAAAUUGUUAUUACUUGUAUUUACAUUCAUUGUAUUCAAAUUAAAAUAAAUUUAUCAUCACAGAGAUUUAGAAUUCCAAGUUCCAAAGUAUUAAGUAUACAUUUUAUAGAAUUCAUAGUUAUUAAUACUAAAUCAUUUAUGAAAAAUAAUGUACAAGUUAUAUCCACUAUUUUGUUUUUUUUUUUGUUUUUACGGAAAUGCUAUAAAAGUAUAAACUACUUUUAGUUCAGAAUCUCUUUUAAAAUUUGACAAUAAUGGCUUUUACAUUUAAUUUAACAAUAUAUAUUUUUAAUUCAUUUGUCUCAACGAUGAGUAUACUAACUAAACUGUAUGGCUAUUAAGACUCUAGUGCUAAAAACGUGAAUAUUAUUAUUUAUAAUUAUAAUGUAUGUAUUUUUUUUUCAUUUUUUAUCACUUGAAUGGAAAUGCCUAAUUUAUUUUAACAUUGGUCUUCCAUUUGAACAUAAAAUAAAAUUGCUUCUCAAGCUAAAUUCCAAUUCCUGUCCCUAAUAUAUAAAUAUAUCAUUGAAUUAUUUUAGUAAUAAUAAAACAGAUGGCUUAAAUAUUUUUAACUUUAUGAAUAUAUUGUUUAAUUAUAAUCUCACAUGUGCAUUUCAAUUAGCCACUAUUUAAACCUAACAUACUCAUUAGAAACUUUUCACCAUAGAUACCAUUUUCAAAACAAAAUAUUUUCAAUGCAAAACAUUUACUUCAUAUUUAACUGACCAUAAAUAAAAUAUGCAGUAGAUUUUCAAAAACUUGGAGGUCUAUUUACAAUUUGAAAUAUUUUCUUAUAUAAAACAAUUAUAGAUUCUAACAUAAAUGAAUACAAAUCAUAGGCUUAAUUAAUUCACAUAUUUUAUACAUUUUAGUGUUUCAUUAAAACGUAUAAACUUUUCUUGAUAUUCUUAAUAACCAUUUAAAUAGUGCUUUGAAAACUGAUACUUGAAAAAUUGUGGUGAAAAUUCUGACAGACCUUCUCCCAUGUCACCUUUUUUUUAAUCAGUUUAAAUUUAUAAUAAGUUUGAUAAUAUUAAACGUGCUUUAUUAUUUAAAUAAUUUAUAUAUUUUUCUUAUAAAUAUUAAAUUCUAAUUUUUGAACUUCAAAAGAGGUUUAACAUAAUAUAUUUAAAUAAAAUAAUAAAGUAGGUAAAUUGUUUAAGACCUAUUAUUAUGCACAGUCGUACAGAUAAAUAAAUUUACUCGGGUCUAUGUUUCACAAUUUAUUUUAAAUAUCAGAUUAUUAAUCAUCAUUGAAUUUUAAAAAAUAUAUAUAUAUUUAUAGUUACAGUUUUACAGUUUUACGAAAUCAAUCUUCAUAAUAAAAAAUAACGAAUGUAUUUGUUUGUUUGCUUAUUUAUUGCACGAAUGAUGUAUCUAGGGUGGGCUUUUUUUUAUAUAUAUUAUUACAUAUUUUGGACUAAGCAAUAUUUUACAACUAUUUGAAAGAUUUAGGAUUUACUGUUGUUUGAAAUUUUAAAUUACAAAAAACCUAAACUUCUCCAACAAUAUAUUACAUUUUAUUCUAUAAAUACAUUAUAGAAAGCUUAAAAAACUUCUAUGCUGUAAAAGACUAAAAUGGUAAUCUAUAUAAUUUAUUCCAAAAACUGUAUUUAAAAAUCUAAUUACGAUUUUUUCAAUUAAUUUGCGUUGACUUUCAUAAAACAAUAUUUAUUCCUAAAGCUAAUGCAAUUUGAAUAAAAUAAUAUCUUGAAUGUCACAAUCAGAUUCUGAUUAAUUUUAUAAAUGUACUUCAAACAAUAUAAUAUUUAAAUAUCCAACAACUAAAACAAAAUAUAAACCAUUAACUAUCAAAAAUAUUUUCAGUCAUAAAAAUUAAACGUUUAUAAAUUUAAAUGCACACAGAACUCAUAACGCUAGCAUUUAAGUUGGCCAAAUCUUGAUAACGUUCACAGUAUUAAUAAGUAGGUAACGUAAGUAUAGGUACAAUUCAAAAUAACUGACGCAAAAACUACAUAUGACCUGUAAGUAUUCGUUUGGUCCGUAUAAUAAUAAUUAUGACUUUUUUUUUUAUAGAAUAAAAUUAUUUUUAAAUCACUUAUAAUAAAUCUUGUUUUAAAAUAAAUUUAACUAUAUAACUACAAAAAUAAAGGGCCUCCAUUAAAUAUUACAUAGUAUAUUAAGUAACGUGAAUGACAUUUAUUCUAAUACAUAAAAAAACUUAUUAUAAUAAUUUUUUCGAAUUUUCAAACAAGUGAAAAAGUAGUAAAUGUAUUAUGUAAUAGGCUGUGUAAUCGAAUCGUUUAGUUACCAAUUUAUCAUUAUAAUAUAACACAUUUUUAUUAUUCACUCAACACAAUAUAAAAUAUUUAUUUUUUUUAAUACGAUUAUAACGAUCACGGUACACACAUUUUAUCAUGCAUGACGUUAUACACGAUUGAUUUGAAUUAUUUAAAUUGUAAAGAAACGGUUUGUUAUAAUACCAAUGUUUAAGCCAUAUAGGUAAGUUGAAUGUAAGAAUAUCAUUCUGCGACCGUUGACUAUUAUAGAUAUCAACAACCUACGUAUCUAAAAACUACUUUUAACAAACGGGUUCUAAGAUAGGUAAAGUUCAAUAAUAUUCAAUAUGAUCAUUUUUCUUAGUAGGUAAAUCAGAUUAAUAAUUUCAAUAAUAUCAAACAUAUUUUCGGAAAGGUCGGUGAGACUUAAUCAAAAAACUAUUAAUAUUCCACAUAAAAUAUAUAUGUAGGUAUGUACAUCUACAAAAAUUAAACAUUUUAAGGAAAAUAAUAGUAUUCUAUAAUAAUUGUACCUACAGUAAUAUUUCAAUAUUUUAUGUAAUUCAAUUGAUAACUAGAUGGGGGAAGCAAAAUAAUAUUAAAAUGUAUGACUUUAUUUUUAUAUUAUAAUUAUUAAUAUCAAUGGCUUAAAUUAAAUAGAACUUUUUUUUAUUAUUAUUAUCUUAUCGAAAUAAAUACUAUAUUACUUGUUAUAAUGAACUGAAAAUCUGACUGAAUUUAUUGAGAUUUACAUGUAGUGUCGAUUUAUACUUGAAAGUUCAAAUUUCCGUAUCUAUUGGUUUAAUAGAAUGAUAAUUAUUAGGUAAAUUAUUAUUAUACAAAUUACGUUUACUGUGACAACAAAAAUUGAUAGUAAUAUAUUAGUUAUGAAUGUACCUAAUGAAAGCUUACCAUUAUUAUUAUUUUUUUUAAAUAAUUUAAACGGCAUUCACUGUAUGAGUACACUUAUUCAAAAGAUCACCAUGCUCCACGUGUGACUUACAAAUUGUACAACAUAUCAAAUCUGAGUUCAGUAGUUCUAGUUUUGAGUAGUACAUAAGCUUUAAUAGAGUGAAUAGACCUACUAUUAAACUUAAAAGUAAGAACAUUAUUUGUGCUUACUUAAAAGUUUUUACUGUAUGUAUUUUAGUUUUUAGUAAGUAAAUUAUUAGUAGGAAUAUAAAAUAUUAUUACAGUUUAAAUUUUUAUAAUUCGUUUAAAAGUUAAAAUAUCAUAAAAACCAAAUAAAAUAACAAAAAACUUAGAUAAAGUUCAUAACUUUAAGUUUAAUAAUACACCAUUUCAUUCUAAUAUUAAAAUUCAUUACACAAAAUUGGAACUUAUCACAAAUUUGCUAUAUUGUACUUUUGUAAGACUGAAGAAACAAAUAGUAGCAAUAGUAAAUAUUAUGUAUCAUCGAGACUUCGAAAUUGUUUACAUAGGUACACAAUCUCAUUGAACUUACAUGAUAAUAAUCAAUAGACGUCAUUCGCAAUUAAACUACUUGUAAGAACGAAGAUCAGGUAACAGAUAAUAAUAUACAUACUUAAUGAACUUCAUUCCGUCGUGGUAUAAGGUAAGUGAGAGUACUCGUAGGACUUCAAAUGUUAUAAUACCUAGGUAUAAGUUAUAUAGCUUUACUGUGUAAAAAUAUAUUUAAAAAUACAGGUACAGGAGAAGAUUUCUGCUAUUGACAGAAUUAAGUAAAUUUGAGUUAGGUGAUUUCAAAUUUUCACUAUUUUUAAUCAAAGGAUUUUUUUUAUAUUUAUUUAAUAACUUAUUUUUGUGAAUUUGUGAUUUAUUGAUCUCGAGCAGAAUAUAUUUUUUGAAAAUGUCUGUGUACAAAAUAUCGUUUCUGAACCAAUAUACUUAGUAUUUCAUUUACAAUUAUUGGAAAUUAAUAUUAGAUAUAUAAAAAAGUAGUUUAUAUUAUAUGAGCGAAGAAGUGUACAAAUAUUUAUAGUGGUCUUGCUACACCAUCCCACUUCACUCAUAAAAGUAUUAAAUGUUUAAAAAUAAUUAAUUACUGGUUCAAUAUUCAAUAUUUACACAACAUUUUCAGAUAAUUUCCUUUAAAAUAUAUAUCCAUAAAAAAAAAAAAUGAUUGUUAUUAAAAUUUACUACGAUUGGUAAACGCUGUACACUGUUGUAAAAAAAUAACAGAAAUGUCAGAAAUAGAAUGUGAUGAAAGAGAUGACAGAAAACGAACAAAUCUACCAACUUAACGUUUUUGUAAAUAAUCGCUGGUUCACAAAAGUUAUCUUUAUAUAUAAUAUAUAUUUAUAUUAUUCAAAAUAACAAUAUGCUACAAAAAUAUAAAAAUUUAACUAAGACUUAGUAUUACGGAGUGUGUACCUUUUUAAAUAAAACAACAAAUAAAUUGUCUAGAAUAAAAGUACCUACUGUAGAUUUAUACGAUUGUUUCCCCCAUCUGAUCGUCAAUUAUUACAAGUAUAUUAUACUUUGAAUGUUAUUAAAUAUGAACAAACGGUCUUAACCCAUUUACAAAAUGUGAUUUAAACGUCCUAAAUAGAAUUUUUGACUAAUUUUAUUAUUCUUAUUGUUAUAAAACUGAAAAGUUUUAUGUGUUUUUUAAUAUUAAAAAGUAUCAUUAUAUUUAUUAUUAACAGUAAAAUUUAAGUAAUAUUAUUUUGUUUAAUUAUUUUUAAUAUUGUGAUAUAUACGCCAAAGCAUUAUUACUAUACAUUAUACAAUAUAUAUUAUGCAUAUAAUAUUGUUUGUUAAACCUAUAUAAUAUUCUACCAUGGUUAGAGGCGAAUUUAUAUUACUAUAGAUAUUUAUUAUUGUUUUAAAAUAAUUCUUUCUAUAUGUUUAGUAGUUAGGUACUAUACUAUAUUAUAGCCAAUAAGAUAAUGCUCCCUACUCUGUUGUAUAAAAUUUUCCUAAGUGCACAGACAUUAGUAUAUAAUAAUCUUAUUUUAUAUUAUUAUAAUGUAAAGAUAUUAAUAUAUUUAUUUAUCAUUAUGUACCUAAAUAAUGGAUACCUAAUACCUAGCUAUAUCAUGUAUGUGCAUUAGAUAUCAUGAUACAGCUUGUUAUAUUUUUACUUGUAAUUGCUUCAGCUAUUAUAGUUUUAAUAAAUUGUAACAUUAUACAUACGAGUAUAAUAGACGUAUAUUAUCAUAUAAAGUGUUAUACAGCACUAGUUUAUAGUGAAUUCGCCAAUAACCAUGAGCAACUUAAUACAUAUCAAGGCCCUCGUAAACAUAUCAAUAAUGGAAUUUAAAUUGUUUUUGUUCUUUGACAUAACUUAAUUACCUAUAAUAUUGAUACUGAUAAAUAUUAUAAAUCGUAUCAUUAUAUUUAAAGUAUUUAUUAGGUAUUUAUGUAUUAUUGUAUGUACUAAAUAAAAUAAAAAAUGAUAAUAAAUAUUCAAACUAUUAA